CACCCAUUAUCUCUUGCUCCUUUCGAAGCGAAAAACCAAAAUGAACCAACAAAACUCACUGCGGAAGGAACAGUGCCGCAUCCCAUCCCUGGUCUAGCAACCACUCGUUUCAAUGCAUUGUCAAAGAAAAUGUGGCGUCGUGCUAGAACAAUUCUUGUCCUCGGAUUCCUGGUGUUCGUGGAAACAACUGCAGUGGCCCCGGGAUCUACGGACAGCGUGAUGUCCCCGAUAACGUCGCAACCCUUGCUUUCCCAUCGCAUCGUUAGUAAUUCCCAUGGCGAAUACGUAUCUUUCGAUCCCAAUGCGACGGAGUACUGGUUUGAUGCAGUCAUUGACCACUUCAACUUUCGACCUACUGAACAAGGAACCUUUCCCCUUCGUUAUUUUGUCAACGACCAGUACUAUGCCAAUAGGAGUAGUCCGGUCAUUUUUUACGCUGGGAACGAAGCCCCAAUAACUCAGUUCCUAGAGAACAGCGGAUUCUUGUGGGAGGCCGCCAAGAAACUCCAGGGCAUGGUGGUUUUUGCAGAGCAUAGAUAUUAUGGAGAAUCUUUCCCUUUUGGUAUACCAGAGGCGGCCAUGACCCCCCAAAACAUCUCCUACCUAACAGUUGAGCAAGCCAUGGAAGAUUUCAAUACGCUCCAGAUCCAUAUUCGGAAAAAGUGGGGCAUGUUGCGCGACACAGCUUUUUUGGCAACGGGGGGGAGCUACGGCGGAAAUCUGGCGCUAUGGCUGCGACUGAAAAAUCCCAAUCUCUGGGCCGGCGCUCUUGCCAGUUCUGCGACACCGCUGAAGCAUUUGCUAAGAGAGUCCAACUCUUUUUCUAGGAUCGUGGCCGACGUAUACGGGAAUGUUUCCACUGCUUGCCCCGUCAAGAUACGCGAGGGAUGGUUCGAUCUCUUUGAGAACGUAAAGACCGAGGCGGGCCGAGAGAUUGUCAAAAACGAGCUGAAGCUGUGUCAUGUCCCUUCCCCGGAGGAAAUAAAACCCGAGAAUGUCGCAAGGGAAAUUUAUGGGUGGAUAUCGGGAGCACUCGAGACCAUGGUGCAAUACGGGUAUCCCUAUCCGACGGAGUUUUACAAUCCGGUGCCGGGAUAUCCAUUUCGGGUAGCGUGUGAAAAUCUGCUUUUGGAGCAAUCAUCGCUAGGAUCUCUCCGGGCAGCAGCGCAGGUAUACUACAACACCACGGGGCAAGCGGGAUCGUGUUUCGAUUGGUUGCCAUCCUCCUUAGCAAACAAGACUUUACAAACGAACCGUGGCCUUAUGAGACACGGACACAAACAGCGUCGUUUUGGCGAUGAGGACUUGGUUGGGACUGCUUGGGGUUACCAAUGCUGUACCGAAGUAUACCAACCAAUGCCAACCGAUGGUGUCACCGAUCUUGAACUUCCUUACCAACCAAACAAGACGGCUUAUUUUGAGAGAUGCCGAGAGCGUUGGGAUGGAGUGGAGCCACGCCCCGAUUGGGAGGAGAUGACCUUCAUGGGCGACAACAUUCAGGCUGGUUCCAAUAUUUUUUUGACCAGUGGCCAGCUGGACCCUUGGCGAGCAGCCGGAAUCCAAAGCCUCCCACGGAAUGCCGAUCCAGAGACCAUCGUGGUGCGGGUCAUCGAAAAUGGGGCACAUCAUUUGGAUCUACGAUCCUCUCACCCGCUGGAUCCCCCUUCCGUAACAAUGGUACGCCAGGAAGAAAUAAAAAAUUUCGAACGCUGGAUUCGGCAGUGGAGAUCGACGUACCCGUCCUACUCUGACGCGAAAGAGACUGGAGGGAAAACCAGCUUGCGAGGCGCGGUGGAGACUUAAAACGCUUGCAGUCAUCUAUUCACCUAGUGCAGAGGUCUAGGAAAGCAUUCGAAGGCACUCUGAGGGCGCGAUCUAGAAAACCUGUCUUUAUCGACUUGUGCGGUGGUCGUUUGUCCAAAACAAGAAUCUCUCAUUGAUACGUACAAGAGACGAUAGGGAGAGAAAUGAUUCGGAUAGAUCAGUGAGAACUUCAUAUAGUAAUUUUUAAAAUGCGUAUAUAAAGAAUUCAAAAUUGA